CCACGCUUAAAUCAACCCCACACAAAUCACACAUAUCAACAACUUCACAAAGUAACCAGUCAUGCCUAAGAAUAAGGGAAAGGGUGGCAAGAACCGAAGAAGGGGCAAGAACGAGAACGAUAAUGAGAAGCGCGAGUUGACCUUCAAGGAAGAGGGCCAGGAGUACGCACAAGUCAUCAAGAUGCUUGGUAACGGACGUCUCGAGGCACAGUGCUUUGACGGCGCGCGACGAUUGGCACAUAUCCGAGGCAAGCUGAGGAAGAAGGUCUGGAUCAACCAAGGAGAUAUCAUUCUUCUUUCCCUCCGCGACUACCAAGACGAGAAAGGCGACGUUAUCCUCAAGUACUCUGCCGAUGAGGCACGUAGUCUGAAAGCCUAUGGCGAACUUCCCGAGAACGCAAAGAUCAACGAGACCGACACUUACGGCGACCAAGGCGAUGAAGGUAUUGGUUUCGAAUUCGACAACGACGACCGCGACUCCAGCGACGAGGGUGACGGCAAGGAGGUGGACAUUGACGAUAUUUGAGGGGCUACGGGUCCGCCAUGCUGUGCCAGUCUUCUGCCCUGCCGGCAGACAUCGCUUCGCGCGUGGAGGGCUGGCACGGCUCAAAUGCGCACCAUUGCAAGCGGGCGGACGGGUAUUGGUGGAUUUCUUUUCCUCUUCACUUCUUUCACACUUCAAAAGCACUCUUGGGCAAGCAUGUAAUAUCUCGGCGCGAAGGCACUGCUACCAUGCCAAAGCGGCAAUAUGACGACAACAGAUAGAGAUACCCCAUGCACGGUUGUUAGUUUCUUAAGGACUAAUUCUCAAACGGUUUGCAGCCAUAUCUUGACGCUUUCGUUGAUGAAUCCAACGUAAAUAGAGUGUCAUUCUAAGUUCCGAGUCCUGGAACAGCGACAUCCUCAUAAACGCUACGAUUAAAGAACCUAUAGAUCCGCCUGCCGGCCUGUGUUCCUACGAGAUUACAUA